AGCCAGCCCUUGGGCAGCCAGCCGGGUCCGGCCGGGAGAAGAGCCGCCCGAAGGAGCCCGGGAGAAGCGGGCACCAUGGAGGUGCAGCUGGGCUUGGGGAGGGUCUACCCCCGACCGCCAGCCAAGAGCUUUCGGGGAGCUUUCCAGAACCUGUUCCAGAGCGUGCGCGAAGUGAUCCAGAACCCGGGCGCCCGGCACCCCGGUGCAGCCGCGGGCGCAGCACCCCCAGGCGCCCGUCUGCUGCAGCACCACCAGCACCUCCAACUCCACCAGCAGCAGCAGGCGCCCCAACAGCCUCAGCAGCAGCAGAGCAGCCCCCGGCAGCCGCAGCCCCCGGCGCAGCAUCCGGCGCCCGACGAUGGCUCGCCCACCGCCCCCGGACGCGGCCCGGCCGGCUACCUGGCUCUGGAGGAGGACUCCCAGUCGCAGCCUUCCCAGUCGCUUCCUUCGGCCGAAGGACACCCGGAGAACGGCUGCGUCCCGGAGCCCGGAGCGGUGGCGGCCGCCGGCAAGGGGCUGCAGCAGGCGGCCGCCGUGGCGGUGGCAGCGCCAGACGACGAUGACUCAGCUGCCCCGUCCACUCUGUCCCUCCUGGGCCCCAGCUUCCCGGGCUUGAGCGGCUGCUCCACCGACCUGAAGGACAUCCUGGCCGAGGCCGGGACCAUGCAGCUCCUGCAGCAGCAGCAGGAGGCGGCGGCGGCGGCGGCGGCGGCGGCGGCGGCGGCGGCGGCGGCGGCGGCGGUGGCGGAUGGAGGCGCCGGCGGCCGGGCGCGAGAAGGGGCCGUGGGCUCCGCCUCCUCCAAAGACACUUACCUGGGGGGCACCUCGACCAUCUCGGACAGCGCCAAGGAGCUGUGCAAGGCCGUGUCCGUGUCCAUGGGCUUGGGCGUGGAAGCGCUCGAACACCUGAGUCCCAACGAGCAGCUGCGCGGAGACUGCAUGUACGCCCAGCUGCUGGGGGGCCCGUCGGCGUCGCGCUCCGCGCAUCCCUGCGGCCCCCUGGCCGACUGCAAGGGCUCGCUGCUGGACGACGGCUCGGCCAAGGACGCCGAAGACGCCGCCGCCGACUACUCGCCUUUCAAGGGCGGCUACGCCAAGGCGCUGGACGGGGAGAGUCUGGGCUGCUGCGGGAGCGGCGCCGGAGGGGAGACGGCGGCCGGCGGCCAGCUCGAGAUGUCGUCCGCCCUCGGUCUCUACAAAGCCGGCUCCCUCGACGAGGCCACCGGCUACCAGAACCGCGACUACUACAACUUCCAGCUGGCCCUGGCGGGGCCGCCGCCCCCGCAGCCCCCUUCGCACCACCCGCACACCCGCAUCAAGCUGGAGAACCCUCUGGACUACGGGAACGCCUGGGCCGCGGCCGCCGCUCAGUGCCGCUACGGGGACGUGACCGGCCUGGGCCACGGAGGAGGUGCCUCCGCCGCCGCCGCCGCCGCCGCCGCCGCCGCCGCCGGCCCCGGUUCGGGCACCCCGACCGCCGCCGCCGCCGCCGCCGCCGCCUCGUCCUCCUCGUCGUCGUCGUCCUCUUCCUCCUCCUGGCACACUCUCUUCGCCUCGGAGGAAGGUCAGCUGUAUGGGCAGUGCGGUGGCACCGCGGCAGCCGGCGAGGCAGCCCCCGGAGCCCCCUAUGGCUACCGGGCAGCCCAGGGGCUGGCGGGCCAGGAGGCCGACUACCCUCAGACCGAGAUGUGGUACCCCGGCGGCGUGGUGAGCAGGGUGCCCUAUCCGGCCCCGGCCUGUGUCAAGAGCGAGCUGGGACCGUGGAUGGAGGGCUAUUCGGGGGCCUACGGAGACAUGCGAUUGGAGACCACCAGGGACCACGUGCUGCCCAUCGACUAUUACUUUCCACCACAAAAGACCUGCCUGAUCUGUGGUGACGAAGCUUCGGGCUGCCACUACGGGGCGCUCACCUGCGGCAGCUGCAAAGUCUUCUUCAAGAGAGCAGCAGAAGGGAAACAAAAGUACCUGUGUGCCAGCAGGAAUGAUUGCACCAUCGAUAAAUUCAGGAGGAAAAAUUGCCCAUCAUGCCGGCUCCGAAAGUGCUAUGAAGCAGGGAUGACCCUUGGAGCCCGAAAACUGAAGAAACUUGGCAACCUGAAGCUUCAGGAGGAAGGCGAGGCCUCCGGCUCCGGCAGCCCCCACGAGGACCCCGCGCAGAAGCUCACGGUUUCCCACAUUGAAGGCUACGAGUGCCAGCCUAUUUUCCUGAACGUCCUGGAGGCCAUCGAGCCAGGCGUGGUGUGUGCUGGCCACGACAACAACCAACCCGAUUCCUUCGCUGCUCUGCUCUCCAGCUUGAACGAGCUGGGCGAGAGGCAGCUGGUACAUGUGGUCAAGUGGGCCAAGGCACUGCCCGGUUUCCGUAACCUGCAUGUGGACGAUCAGAUGGCCGUGAUCCAGUACUCCUGGAUGGGCCUCAUGGUGUUUGCCAUGGGCUGGAGAUCUUUCACCAACGUCAAUUCCAGAAUGCUCUAUUUUGCUCCCGACCUGGUGUUCAAUGAAUACCGGAUGCACAAGUCAAGGAUGUACAGCCAAUGCGUCCGGAUGAGACAUCUCUCCCAGGAGUUUGGCUGGCUCCAGAUCACACCACAGGAGUUUCUUUGCAUGAAAGCCCUACUGCUCUUCAGCAUUAUUCCAGUGGAGGGACUGAAGAAUCAGAAAUUUUUUGACGAACUGCGAAUGAACUACAUCAAAGAGCUUGAUCGGAUAAUCGCCUGCAAGAGGAAAAAUCCAACUUCUUGCUCCCGACGUUUUUACCAACUCACCAAACUCUUGGAUUCUGUGCAGCCUAUCGCCAGAGAGCUGCACCAGUUCACCUUCGACCUGCUUAUCAAGUCCCACAUGGUGAGCGUGGACUUUCCCGAGAUGAUGGCCGAGAUCAUCUCCGUACAAGUGCCCAAGAUCCUUUCUGGAAAAGUCAAGCCUAUCUAUUUCCACACACAGUGAUGCUUUGCAAAAGCCUUUUCCUCCCUCCCUCCUUUUCUGCCAUCUUUUGCCUGUUGUAAUUCUGCACUACUGUUCUGCAGUGCCUUGGGGAAUUCCCUCUAUUGAUGUACAGUGUGUCCUGGAGAUAGUCCUAAUUCCUUACUACCUUCUAAGCUUCUCUUUCCUUCUCACUGCCAUGCUCUCUCCCAGCAUCUCCUUUCUGCCUCUCUCCCUGGAUCUUCUCACCUAUCUUAGCAUCUUGUGACUCUGCUUAGUCUCUCUUAAUCCUUGCCACUAUCCCGUGGCUACACCCAGGCCACACAUGUCUUUCUGAUGGCCGUGUGGCCAUUUUCUUCACCUAACAUCAUGAUGAAUCUUGCAUAUUUAAGGGGACAAAAAAACCCAUCUUGCUACAGUUCCCCUCCCUUAAAAGACAAACAUGCAAACGGCCACACACACACAAGCCGACAACCCUGAGUGUUUCCCUGAGGAUGUGUGGGUGUAUGUGUGUGCUAGCAUUUCUCACCUGGAGCACCCACUCUGCCAACAGCAGCUUUCAGGAGAUUCCCCCAGUGAGGGACCUGGGAGGAGAAAGAAAAGAGCCCCAUCCCUUCACACACACACACACACACACACACACACACACGCGCACACACACACACACACACACACACACACACACGUGUGCAUACCCAUAAUCCAAUUUGGGUCUUUGGAUGAUCAGAAAGUCCCACUGCAGUGCGCUAAAUGGUACUGACUCUGCUUUUUUCCAAAACUUUGCUCUGAUCUCUUUAACUCUGUGCAUGUGCCAUGCAGUCCCCUGCCCAAGUCCUCGUGGCACCCGCACCCCUGUCUCCCCUUUCCUCACUGCCCCAGCCCUCAGGAGAGGAGACCAUUCCACAUUGACUGUCAGCAGCUGCUGAGAGCUUUGGACAUUCCCUCAUGCCGAAACUCUAGGCUGAGCGGGCAUGGAAAAGGUUGAAACAAGGUCAGCUCGGUGGGAACCUCUCUGUUCUCCAGCUCUGCCUUGCCUCGGUGGGCCAAGAACAAACUGUGGGCUGUUCCUAGGGGCAAAAAAUGGAGUCAGCCACCUUCUGAGCCUAGGGUAAGCAUAGUGUCGUUUCCCCCCCCCCCACUAGCCCCCACUCAAGGCUUGUGCCCUCCUUGUUCUCCCACCUCCUCCAAAGACUUAACAAAGUUCUUCACCUAUCAAGACCCCAGGACCCCCUUCCUUUCUUUCUCCUCUGAGUCUGGUCACUAUGUACCACUGGGCUUAUGGGAUGUGACUUACUCCCUGCCUCAGCACCUUUACCCAGACUCUCCAAUGAGAGUUACAGCCAAGCAGUCCAGCAGGCUUGGAGAACUCUCUGUCUGCCCUGAGGCCUCAGGGCACCAGACAAUGGCCGGUUAGCACCAACGGCCUCAGACCCGGAAUAUCUCUUCAUAAAUUGUAAAGAGUUAGUGAGCGUCACCAACCACGCCACUGAGGCUAGCCAUCAGUAGACAACAUGGACGCCUGCCCGGGCUCCAUACCGGCCAAAGGCGGGGAAGCUGGUGCAUAAGGGAAGAUCCCAUUGCUCAAUUUCUGUGGGUAGCUUUGGGAGCUGGAGUGAACACUCCCUGGUACUUUGAAAUAAAGUCAGCUAGUGGCCAGCGGAUACUCCAGGACCAAGACCACUAGUAGAAAGUGGCAGAUGGCGGCGAACGUCCCACCGACGCCCUCUCCAGCUCCAAUCGCCACUCACAGUCUGCAGCAGAAGAGGACCUGCCGAGAGGAGGCUGGUCUUCGCAGUGAGCUGAGGAAGGUGAGGGCAGAAGUCAGGAGGAAUAAUAUCCCAACACAAGCCUGCCUCACCAGUUGCAGAUUCUCCUCUGCUGCUUGCGCCCGGCCCGGUACCGGCCACUCACCGGGAGGACUGUGGGAAGUAGGGAGAGCUCUCCCUCUAAGGACAGACUCCAUUUCAUUCUGCUUAUCUGGAGUUAGCUGGAGCCAUCAAGGCCUCUUGUGAAACCAGUGCCUCUUUGGAAAAGGGGAUCUCUGUGCAGCCACCUGUGCGGUGAGGCUUCCUGGCCGAGUGCCCUUCAGAGGACUCCCCCCAUUCUGGUGACUUUUGUGUAUCCCCUGCCCCAAACCCCGCAAAGCCUUAUUGUUACAGGGGAGUUUUACCCACCUCCCCUUCUGAGCUCCUGUUGCUUUCUCCACCUGUUAAGUUCAAAACGUGGGAACCAUCAAACCGCCAGUCUUGGCUGAUCUUUUAUGACAUUUAUGGAGAAUAUGGCUCCAGAAAACCUGUACCAGCAAGGGUAUUCUAUCCUGAUUUCUGAAGUUUUUUUCUGUAGCCGUUAAACUCAAAGAACGGCUUCUCUGAAUGUGGAGAGGGAAGGGAGCCUGAGAUUAGUUGUGCUAUUCUAGCAAGUCCAGCUGGGACAACGAUGGGUUCCCUUUCUAUAGGAGAAUAGGUAAAUCCCAGUUUCCUUUCUCACAGUAACAUCUGGUUUAUGUAAACUCACAACAUCAUGUUUAGCUGUUUUUAAUAGAAAACAACCAAAAAAAAACCACCUCAAAACAAAAAGAGUAAUUCACAUUCGCUCGUUUCAGUUACGCUAGGUUCCUUGACAUCUCUUUCCAAAAGGACCUUCAUCCUUCGACUCUAUUUCGUUCCUUGUAAAUACUGGAGACGUUCCUCUUCAUUUCUAAGUACCAGCUUUUUCAUCUUUGUGGAUUUCCUGGUUAAAUCUU